AUGGAUUAUCAUAACGGCACUUUUGCUUCCUCUGAGUCUGAAAACGACAUAUCUUCUGAUGACCAAGAUCUGGAUGAUUCGCCAAAUUCAUUUUCACACAAAUUUCACAGUGAUUUUGUUGAUAAUGAUAAUAAACCCUCUUUUGGUCGAGCUUAUGAUACUGACAUGAUGGAUUCCACCGACAAUACUAAGCAAUUUACCAAAAAAUCCACCAGAUCAAACCAUCAUGCCUCAACUGAUCAGACAAAUAGAACAGUUAUGCCCUUUAAUCCCAAAGCCUACGGCAAAGGCUUCAAUAUUUUGGCUAAAAUGGGAUAUAAGGGUGGAGGUCUGGGUAAAGAUGGCUCGGGAAGAAUUGAACCCAUAAUAGUCACUUCUAGUAAGGGUAAACAAGUUGAUAUUAUUGAUAAUAAUACUAGCUCAGCUGAUAAUUCCGGCAUUAUUGGCAAAAAUUUGACAGUCAAAUUUAUAGGCCAAGACGAAACCUCAGCUUCUACAACAGAACGUUGGUCCAGUGAUAGCAAUUAUGUUACAGCAGAUAUGAGCGAUUCUAUUGCUAAAUGUGAAAAUUUCAUAAACAACAUUUCACGCGGGAAGGUAGUCAAAUUGGAAAGUAGUAGAACAAAAGGAGCCAUAGGGACACUAGUCAACACUCUUAUUGCCCAGGCUCAACAUGAUCUGGUCAGGGCUAUGAACAACAGGAGAGAUGAACAGCAGAAAAUAGAUAGCAAAUCUGACCUCUCAAUUGAUCUAAGGGACAAAUUAAACCGCAAAAAUUCUAAAUUGGAUGAUUUGAAAUCGUUGCUUACAAAUUUCAAUACGAGUGCCGCACUACAUGUUGAAGAUGAUGGCCAAGAGAUUAUGGCAUCUUAUUUAUCAAGUUCAAUGGCAAAAAUAAAAGCACAUGACAUUAUUUGCUCACCACAUGUAGUGGAUAAUUUGCGUAACCAAUUUAUAAAAAUGCUAUAUCAUACUGACACAAAAGAUAUGAUAUCAUUUGACAUCAAGAAGAGGCUAUACGAAUCUCACGUAGUAAAGGCGCUAGUUCAGUUUUUCAAGGAGUGGGAUGUGGAGCAGGUAGAACAGGGGUUAGAUAUUUAUACAAAAUGGAAUGACUUUAAGUCACUAUCAACAUUACCAAUACAAGUUAUCACUGCUAGGAUUAUUGAUUGGUUGAAUUCCUCAAAUUCUGCAGACAUACUACCCCCUCAUUUGAUUAUCCACCCUUGGCUACCAUACUUGAAUGAUACAGAACUGCUUUAUACUUGUUUGAUAAAACUAUUCUAUCGCCUGGUGAAUAUUAGACAAGAUUUGGCAGUACCUCUAAUUGACAAAUGGCAUUUCCUCAAGUCAGACAGUGUAGGAGAUUCAUUCAAAGAGUUGAUUGGUUAUAUACGGGGAAAGUUUAAGUCACAAAUAGCUACAAUUAACAUCAAUUUUGACAUGAAAAAUUUUCUAUCACUUGUGGAUUGCUUGUUCAAAUCGCAGAUGUAUACUAUUGAUGUGAUGGCUACGGAUUUAUCUUCACUAGUAUCUAAAUAUGCUAAAGUUGUUGAAAUGUGGAUUAGGGAUGGAGAAAUUGAAAGAGUAGCAGAGUCUUAUCAGUUUUGGUCUGAUGCGCUUAGUCCAAUUCUAGACCACUCAUUGAUUAAACCACACUUUUUUUCCAUCCUCAAUGCGAUGAAUGAUUCUACUGAUGAUCUCAUACCUAAUGAUGUAGGCUAUGUGGAAGAAUCUAAAUCUGUUAACCAAACCAAUUUAUUUGUGCAACAUAAUGUACAACAAAUUACCGUCUCUAGUAGCAUUAGCAGAGGAAAAAUUGUUAACUUGUUUGACUAUUUGUCAAAUGUUGCUAUGAAGAAGGGGAUUGAUUUAAGACCCAAACUAGGCAGAAUACAUGAUGGGAAACAGGUAUACACCUUUGGAAGAGUGCUGAUUAUUGUAGAACGACUGCUAAUCUAUGCAAUGGUUGAUAAAGUUUGGAAACCGGUAAAUAUACCGCAAUUGCUCAAGUUGGCAUCAUAA